GCCCGUGACUGAGAGGCACUUGCUCUGAUCGCCUUCCCUAUUCUCAGUAGAUUUUCAACCUUUCUGCCUCCAUUCUCUUCCUGAGACGGCACGAACCCCAGAUUUGUAUUGCGGAAAUAUUAUUGCGAACCCCCCCCCUCUUUCAUAGAUAGACCCGCCCAUUCUCUCCUAGCUGGAGUAGGCGAGGGCGAGAUCAUUUUCCUAUUCUAGGGGGUAUCAGUGACGAUUAGGAGGAGAAUGCCUGGAGGCUAACAUGCGAGGUUCUGGAACUGAGUUUUUUUGUAGCUGUUCUUUCGACUCUCCCCUCUGUUACCCUUGUUCUCCGCCGGACCUUGAAGGUGACUAGAGCUCGCUUGCCUCCCCCUUAGAGAGUGGGCCUAAUGGUACGUCCCGCCCAGUCAGUGUCAGGCGCUUCGGGCAGGACCAGAAGUCUGGACAGCUGCGCAUGCGCAUAGAAGGUUGGCGGAAGCAAGGUUUAGAAUGUUGUCCCUAGACCCGCGAUAGAAGCCGACCUCACUCAGGACUAGGAGCUUGGUUUUGCACCUGCGGAGGGAACAAAGGGGUAAGGUCUUGGGGGAAUGCUUGGGAAUGCCAGAGCAUGGCUAGGGAUGGUGGGUUGGGGGUGUUUCUUUGGAUGCGUGUUGAGCUCAAGUUUCCUGCAGAGAGAAGGAGCGAGCAUGUUUAGAACUCAAGGCAAGCAGCAUGGGGAGUCCCCACUCCAGAAUCUAUGCAUUUUAAAAACUUCCCUGUCCUGCACUUUUGACUAGACUCGCUUGCAUUGGCUUAUUAUGCUGGUAGAAGCUAACAAGCAACCAGAAAUGAUAUUCAAACAGGUCGCAGCUCAAACUCAAAAUAUUCAAACAGAUCUGCUCCUGCCUAGCUGCCCAAGGGGAAGAAACACACGAAGGAGGGUUGGGAAGAGCUAAUGGGUGAGAAGAUGGAGGAGCUUUUACAGACCCCAGACAGGGAAGGGCAAGUCUUGGGGGAAGACUUGCUGGAUUGUCAGCUAAGAGGUGCCUGGUGCUAUAGCUAGCUAGCUAUAAUGCUCUUUGACUGCAGUUUUUAGAUUACCUAUUUAAGCAAUGCGGUUUCAUUUUGUACUGGGAGGCAGUGUUGCGUAGGAGUUGCAGGGUUGGGCAAGGACUGGGGAGAUGAGGGUUCGAGUCCUUGCUCAGCUGUGUAACUUACAGCUGACCUUAGGACCAGCUCCGGUGUUCCAGCCUACUUCACAGGGUUGUUGUGAAGAGGAAAUGGAGGUGGGGGAAUCAUGUACAGUGGUACCUCUGGUUACAUACGCUUUAGGUUACAUAUGCUUCAGGUUACCCACUCCACUAAGCCAGAAAUAGUGCUUCAGGUUAAGAACUUUGCUUCAGGAUAAGAACAGAAAUCGGGCUUUGGCAGCGCAGCAGCAGCAGGAGGCCCCAUUAGCUAAAGUGGUGCUUCAGGUUAAGAACAGUUUCAGGUUAAGAACAGACCUCCGGAAUGAAUUAAGUACUUAACCCGAGGUACCACUGUAUACCACCUUGAUAUCAAUUUAUCCACUAUCAAGGAGCUUUGCCUGUUAUGUUUUCAUGUUGGCAGCUGCCUUAUUCCUUGUAGAAAGGCGGGAUAUAAAUAUUAGAAAGUAAUAUAUUAAAUAUAGGGCAUACUAGGGGACGGUUUGCCAGUUUUUCAGGGAGCAGAGUGCGGAAAAUGCUGCUCUUUGCUCCUCCAGGAAUGCGAGUGGAUUCUUUUUUGAGGCACAGGUUCUGGAAAGGCUGUGUUUGAGACCUGCGCCUCUCUCUUGAUUUUCCAGGGAUUCCUGCCGGGGAGUCGCAAUGAACGCCAUCGUUGUGCUUUGCCACUUUUGUGAGCUGCACGGGCCUCGCACCCUCUUUUGCACGGAGGUCUUGCACUCGCCUCUUCCGCAAGGGGCGGGCAGCGGAGACAGCCCCGGGCAGAGCGAGCAGGCAGAAGAGGAGGAAGGAGGCAUUCAGAUGAGCAGCAGGAUCCGGUCCCACAGCCCGGCGGAAGGUGCCAGUGCAGACUCCAGCAGCCCAGGACCCAAGAAGUCCGACAUGUGCGAGGCGAGUAGAUUUGAGACCGUGAGCUGCUCUUGCACCAGAAUGGAAGUGUCAAUAUCUUGCCUGUCAGUGGAAGACUCUGUGUCUUCCCCUUCAAGCACUGUGGAAAUUACUCCUGUGCAAAUACUUGGAGGAUUUGUUGCUUUGUUGUUGUUUAGUCGUUUAGUCGUGUCCGACUCUUCGUGACCCCAUGGACCAGAGCACGCCAGGCACUCCUGUCUUCCACUGCCUCCCGCAGUUUGGUCAAACUCAUGCUGGUAGCUUCGAGAACACUAUCCAGCCAUCUUGUCCUCUGUCGUCCCCUUCUCUUUGUGCCCUCCAUCUUUCCCAACAUCAGGGUCUUUUCCAGGGAGUCUUCUCUUCUCAUGAGGUGGCCAAAGUCUUGGAGCCUCAGCUUCAGGAUCUGUCCUUCCAGUGAGCACUCAGGGCUGAUUUCCUUCAGAAUGGAUAGGUUUGAUCUUCUUGCAGUCCAUGGGACUCUCAAGAGUCUCCUCCAGCACCAUAAUUCAAAAGCAUCCAUUCUUCGGCGAUCAGCCUUCUUUAUGGUCCAGCUCUCCCUUCCAUACAUCACUACUGGGAAAACCAUAGCUUUUAAUAUACGGACCUUUGUUGGCAAAUACUUGGAGGAUUUGUUGCUAUUAUUUAUUAAAUUUAUUGGUCAUUCUUUAACCAUAGUAACUCAAAAGUGACUCAGAAUGGAGAAACAAGCAAACUCAUAUUUUGAAACCAGCAUUGAAAAGCAAAAGCAAAAGACAAUUCUGCUUUUAUAAAGCUGGAUUAUAAUAAGGUUGUCAUAAUAAUAGCUUUUGUUUUGCAAAAUCUCCCCCCCCCCCAAUGUUUAUUUACCUACUUUUUAGGAAAAUCACCAAAAAAAUCAACACUUCCGAUAUGGGCUGCCAUACGCCCGGAUAUUUUUGCCAUUUUCUGAAAAUUUCACCAGGACGCCAUUUUCGACGGAUGAAUCCUGGCUGUGUCUGAGAAAUUCCGGAUGUAUGGCAGCCCUAGAUUAUAACAUCCCACCCACCAUAGAUAAUUGAAAGCUAAAGGCCUGGUGGAAAAUAAAUGUUUCUGCUUGACGCCUAAAGAUAUGCAGUGAUGGUGCCAGGAGAGCCUCCCUGGGGAGAGCAUUCCACAAGCAGGGAGCCACCACCUAAAAGGCCUGUUCUCGUGUUUCUACCCUCCGGACCUCCUAAGAAGGGGGCAUGUGGAAAAGGGCCUCAGAUGAUGAUUGCAGGGUCUGGGUUAGUUCAUAUGGGGAGAGAUGGUCCUUGCAGUAUUGGGGUCCUGAGCCGCAUAAGGCUUUAUAGGUGAAAAAGCAACACUUUGAAUUGGACCCGGAAACUAAUUUGCACCCCAUGAUAAAUCCUUUGUGAUACAAACGGAUUUCUCAUGUCCUUAUCGUGUCUAGAUUAGGAGUGGGGACCUUCCUCAGCUGAAGGGCCGCAUUCUCUCACAAAUGACUUUCUGGGGGCCACUUGCAAGGCAAAAGUGGAUGGAGCUUUGUGCUUGACUCUUGCCUUAUGAACGGUGUGCUAUAUUCCAGCCACGUAAAAGUUGAGAGGUUUCUUCCUCCACUUCUGUAACCAGGCAAAGGUAAAGCUAAAGGGACCUCUGACCGUAAUGUCCAGUCCUGCGGAUCUGAUCUUCUGGGGCCUGUAGACAGGUGCUCCAUCUCGCCUUUGAUUGGCCGAUGGAGCCGGUGUCUUGGCCUUUACUAGACUUAGCUUUCUGGGUCAGUGUGGCCAGCAUUGGACUAAGCCGCUUCUGGCCGAGGACCAGCGGACAGCGCAUCGGAAGAUGCCGUUUACCUUCCCACCGGAGCGGUACCUAUUGAUCUGCUUGCACUUUGACGUGCUUUCAAACUGCUAAGUUGGCAAGAGCUGGGACCGAGCAACGGGAGCUCACCCCGUCGCGGGGAUUCGAACCACGACCUUCUGAUCAGCAAGCCCUAGGCUCUGUGGUUUAGACCACAGUGCCACCCACGUCCCUCUAACCAGGCAAGCAAGACCUAUUAUCGCAGCUCAAGGUUCUUGGGCUCCUUUAAUGGGCUGCAGCUAUUAUGGGAAACCAUCCAAGAGGCUCCUCACCACCCCUUAUCUAAAGAAGGAAGUACAUUUCCCCGUGGUGUUCCUACAGUGUCAGUCUUCAGGGCUUCCUCCCCCCGUGGCAGUAGAUAAGCAGAACAAAGGAAAAGGAGUCUUCUUACCAGUUAGAAACUUUAAUAAUCACAGCGAGAGAACAAAGAACACAUCUCCUAGAAUGGCGGUGCUCCCAAUUAAGGAUCACACCCCCUUAAUCUACGUCACUCCUACAUCUUGUAAUCUGAGCUCGUACCCUCUGUGCUUUCUGUUCUGCCACUUUCUGAGUUCUCCGUGACUUUGGAGAAGGGGGUGUGAAUGCUGCCCAGAGACACUGAAUCUGUUAACCCUCUCUCUUCCAGUGUCUCUUCUCCUAGCUGUUUCCCAUCCAGUAUAUCCCAGCUACUGCCUUCUGAUCUGUGUCCCUCUGCAAGCCACUGUUCCAAAUCUAUACUGUCCUCAUGAUCCUGGGAAUACUCAGGAUCUGGAUCCGGAGCAGGGGGAGGGGAAGGCGCCCACCAUUCCUCCUCAGUGCAUCCUUUCUCAUCAUGAUCCCUGACAUACACUAACUCCGGCUUCUUUCCGCCACCAGGGGUGCCGCUCUCUGCCUGCAGGGCACCCGGGCUACGUCAGCCAUGACAAAGAGACCUCCAUCAAAUACGUCAGCCACCAGCACCCAAACCACCCGCAGCUCUUCAGCAUCGUGCGCCAGGCCUGCGUCCGCAGCCUCAGCUGUGAGGUGAGCCACAUACCAUGCAAAUAAUUGCCAGAAGCAUCCUCUGGCUUAACAAUGUGCAUUAUGUGUAUUUUAUGUGUAUUUUAAUGAACCAAACAGAGUGGAAGAUUCUGAGUUAUGAAAGUGUGUAUGAACUUGAAGAGUGCUUAGCUUUUUUUAAAAAAAGUUGCUAUUUUGUUAAGUUGUUAAUAUUGUUUUACAGAUUAUAAAUGCCGUAUUGAUUUGUUAAUCGUAUAAUACGACUUUUGUUGUAAUGGUGUAAACAUAUUUUAUUUUUCAGUUGCUGUUUUAUAGAUGGUAAUUGUCGGAUUGGUGAUUUGUUCAUUAUUUUAUAUGAUUUAUGCUGUAUUUGUGAUGUUCUAUUCUGGUUUGGACGUUGGUGGCGCUGUGGGUUAAACCACUGAGCCUAGGAUUUGCCGAUCAGAAGGUCGGCAGUUCGAAUCCCCACGACGGGGUGAGCUCCCGUUGCUCGGUCCCUGCUCCUGCCAACCUAGCAGUUCGAAAGCACGUCAAAGUGCAAGUAGAUAAAUAGGUACCACUCUGGCAGGAAGAUAAACGGCGUUUCCAUGCGCUGCUCUGGUUCGCCAGAAGCGGCUUAGUCAUGCUGGCCGCAUGACCCGGAAGCUGUACGUCGGCUCCCUUGGCCAAUAAAGCGAGAUGAGCGCCGCAACCCCAGAGUUGGUCACGACUGGACCUAGUGGUCAGGGGUCCCUUUACCUUUUUUUAUUCUGGUUUACCAUGUUGUUAUUUAUUGUUUGCAAACCGCUUUGGGAUUCAUUUGAAUGAAAGUGGCCUAGAAAUACGAUGAAUCAAAUCAAAUCUCCCUCGCUCACUAUUUGGGGAAGUGAUUGGUGGUUGAUCACCUGCAUUCUGCGUGCAUGCAUAAAUAUCUUAUUUUAUCUGUCCUAAGCCUUCUUUGGGUGUUCUCAAGUGCUAGUGUUAGGAGGGAGGGAGGGAAAAAAUUAUGCAUCUAGUUUCUCCUUGCCAUGUAUAAUUUUAAAAACUUUUAUCAUGUCGCCUCUUAUUUGCCUUUUCUCUGAACUGAAAAGUCCCAAACGCUGCAAGCUCUCUCCCCCACGAACUUGCCUGGUCCUCUUGCACUGGUUGGUAGCCAUCACUGUCUCCUGUGGCAGGUAGUUCCACAGAUGAACCGCACCGCAUAAACAAGUACCGUAUUGGCCCAAAUAUAAGCCGCACCCGCAAGUAAGCCGCACCUUUAAAAUUCGGCAGCUUGGAGGAGGCUUGGGAGCCAUGGACGGGAUGGGCGCCGUUGCCCCACACUCCCGGGCUGUUCUCGGGGGGUGGGGGGAGCUGCCACACUUUAACUUUUCACGAUAGGAAUUUGGGGGGAAAGAAAUCGAAAGGAAUAUAAGCUCUUUUUAUAUGCAAUAACAGCAGCAAAAAUAUUACUGGCCCAAAAAUGGAAGCAAGAAGAAUUACCGACGAUUGAAGAAUGGAGGAUGAAGUUAAUGGACUAUGCAGAAUUAGAUAAACUAACAGGAAGGAUUCGAAAUCGGAGGGACCAGAAAUUCACGGAAGACUGGAGUAAAUUUACGGACUAUUUGAAAAGUAUUUGUGAAGAUCAGAUGACAUUUGUAGGUUAGCAAGAAGUUUUGUGAGGAGUAUUAUUGGAAGUAUUGCAAAAAUGGAGAAGGGGAAGGAUGAUUUGUUAAGAGAUGUAAAGGCAAUAUAAAGUUAAGAAAUGCAUAAGAAGUGGUUAAAACGGUGGAUCAUCAGAGGUGCUGAUGGAAGUCUAAAAAGAUUGUAUAAGUGAUAAGUUUUGUGGUACAUUUUAUAAUUUAUAUGUUAAAAUCAAUAAUUAUUAUUUUUUUUUUAAAAAGGAAUUUGGGGGGAAAGUGCGGCUUAUAUUCGGGUCAAAACGGUACUUCCUCGUAUGUAUCCAGAACCUUCCAGUGUUCAGCUCCAUUGCAUGUUGGCGGGUUCUAGGGUUAGUUUGCUCUCGUUGCCAGGUCUGCCCGGGACGCGAAGGCCCCAUCUUCUUUGGCGACGAGCAGCACGGCUUCGUCUUCAGCCACACCUUCUUCAUCAAAGACAGCUUGGCGCGCGGCUUCCAGCGCUGGUAUAGCGUCAUUGCCAUCAUGAUGGACCGCAUCUACCUCAUAAACUCCUGGCCUUUCCUGCUGGGCAAAGUCAGAGGCAUCAUCGACGAGCUUCAGGGCAAAGCGCUCAAGGUGGGAGCAAGCUUGGGGGUUGCAGCUGUUUCUUCCAAAUAUUUUUCAUUGAAUUUUUAAAAUAUCAUUUUUAUUAAAUCUCCAAAAAUAUUCCAAAACAUUUAUCGUCAUAUACAAAACCCUUUCCCUCCGACAUAACUUCCUUGUCUUCCCACCCCUACAUUCCUGGUGUUUGUUUUAAUAAUAAUAAUAAUUUGAUUUUUUUAUACCCUGCUCAUCUGGCUGGGUUUCCCCAGCCACUCUGGGCGGCUUACAUCAUAUAUACAAACAUCAUUUUUAUUAGCUGUUUUACAAUGCACGUGUUUUUAUUAUCUAAACUUCACUAUCACUGGUUCUUUCUGUAAUCCACUGCUAAUAUUAUUUAUUUAUUUAAGAUUUUCUUGAUUUACAAAAGUGUGUGCAAUGUCUGUCUCUCUCUCUCGUAUUUUUUUUCCCCCAUUUAACAUUUUUACAAAUCAUUUUCAUGUGUUGAGACAUUAGGAAGAAAAGGGGGAAAGAGGUGGAGGGGAGAAGAUGGGUGGGGGUGGGUGGCGAUGUUUCUAUUUUACUUACGAUAUGUAGGGUUUGGUGUCAGCAUUUCUUGCGCAGGUUCUUUGCUGUUCACUUGUGCUCCUUUGGUGGUGAGAGAGGUUGGGGUUGGCCAUGGGUGUGGCUGUGGUGGUCUUUGUUUUCGUGUGUGAGUGGGGUGGGUGGGUGUUUUGGAUCAGGUUAGCCCUAUUGAUUUGUAUGCUAUUGGUGGGCUUUUGUCAUUAUCUUGUUGGGCUUUGUGUGUGAUAAAGGGGAGCCAUACGGGUGUGUGUGUGUGUGAAGGUGUCUUCUUCUAUUUGUCCCUGUGCCAGUUUCAGUUUAUUGGUUAAUUUUUCUAGUAAGGCUGGUUCCCAUACUAUUUGGUACCUUUGGUCCAUGCUUACUCCUGACAGGUCUCUCCAGUGUCUGGCUAUGAUGUUUUUGGUUGCUGAGAGUAGGUGGGUUAUGAGUUCUUUGUGGUGUAAGUGGGCAUUAUUGUCUUGGAAGAUGUUUAGUAAGGCCAAUUCUGGGGUGGUUUCUAAUACAGUGGUGCCCCGCAAGACGAAUGCCUCGCAAGACGAAAAACUCACUAGACGAAAGGGUUUUGCGUUUUUUGAGUUGUUCCGCAAGACGAAUUUCCCUAUGGGCUUGCUUCGCGAAUUUGUUUGCUUUUGCGAAUUUGUUUCCUUUUUCUUAAAGCCGCUAAGCCGUUAAUAGCCGCUAAGCCGUUAAUAGCCGCUAAGCCGCUAAUAGCCGUGCUUCGCAAGACGAAAAAACCGCAAGACGAAGAGACUCGCGGAACGGAUUAAUUUCGUCUUGCGAGGCACCACUGUACUUGCUUGGUUAUUUUACUUAUUUCUCGUAUGGUUGUUGUCCAGAAUAGUUGGAUUUUGGGGCACUUCCACCGCAUGUGGAGGUAUGUGCCUCACUGUUAAUAUUUUAAAUCUUGCCCGCAACUUCAUGUAUGGGUGAUACUUUGAGAGGUAAUCCAUCAGUAGGCUCCAUCAAUUGAAUAUUAAUAAGGAGAAGCAGGUUGCUGAAGAGAGAAAUGGAAGAAAAAUUAGUUUCAGAAAAGUUGUCAUGAUUGCUGAAAAAGGGAGUCAUAGCAUCAUGGAAUUGUAGAAUUAUCUACAGUAGAGCCCAGUGGUCAUCUAGUCCAACCCCUUGCAAUGCAGGAAUCUCAGCUAAAGCAUCCAGGACAGAUGACCAUCCAACCUCUGCCUUAAAACCUCCAAGGAAGGAGAGUCCACCACUUCCUGAGGGAGACAGUUCCACUGUUGAACAGCUAUUACUGUCAGAAGGUUAUUCCUGAUUAGCUGGACUCUCCUUUCUUGUAACUUGAAGCCACUGAUUCAAGUCCUGCCCUCCAGAGAAGGAGAAAACAAGCUUGUUCCCUCUUUCGUGUGACAGCCCUUGAGAUAUUUGAAGAUGGCUGUCCUAUCUGCUCUCGGUCUCCUAUUUUCCAGGCUAAACAGACCCAGCUCCUUCAACUGUUCCUCAUAAGGCUAGGUAUAGGAUAUAGCGAUACUGAGGGCCUUUUUGGUGCUGGCUCCCAGACUUUGGAACUCCCUCCCUAGAGAGAUUUGACUAUGUUUCCAAGCUCAGUUCAAAGUGUUGGUGCUGACCUUAAAAGCCCUAAACGGCCUCAGCCCAGUAGACCUGAAGUCUCCACCCCCAUUGUUCAGCCAGGACAAUGAGGUCCAGCUCAGGGCCUUCUGGCGGUUCCCUCACUGCAAGAAGCCAAGUUACAGGGAACCAGGCAGAGGGCCUUCUCGGUGGUGGCGCCCGCCCUAUGGAACGUCCUCCCAUCAGAUAUCAAAGAGAUAAACUACCCGACAUUUAGAAGACAUCUGAAGGCAGCCUUGUUCAGGGAAGUGUUUUAAUGUGUGACAUUUUAAUGUAUUUUUAAUCUUUUUGGAAGCCGCCCAGAGUGGCUGGGGAGACCCAGCCAGAUGGGUGGGGUACAAAUAAUAAAUAAUAAUAAUAAUAAUAAUAAUAAUAAUUAUUAUUAUUAUUAUUUGUCCUUCGAAGACUUUCUCAUUUCAACGGGCUUUGGGGAACUGACUGCUUUUAGUGAAAGGGCUGGCUGGUGCCAUUCUGUUUUCAUUGCAGUUAUCUCUAUGCAUCCAACAGGUAUUCAUAGAAUUGUAGAGUUUGAAGGGGCCACAAGAGUCAUCCAGUCCAACCCCCUGCAAUGUAGGAAUCUUUCGCCCAACGUGAGGCUCGAACCCACAACCCUGAGACUCAUACUCUAUUUUUAUAUGUAGUUUUCAUUUUGUUAAUGUUUAAUUUUUUUUGUUAAUUAUGGUGGUCUUCCCCCCUCCCCUAUGCAUUUAGGUGUUCCUAAAAGCUGCCUCAGGUUCCCAGCAGGGGAAAAAGUGGGGUAUAAAUAAAUUUUAAAAAUUAAAACAAUCAUACUCAGGUUGAGUCAAUAAUAAAAGAGACCAAGAGGGAAAGGAUGCGUUGUCUGGAAUUACAAAAGGGUUCAGUGCUACCUUAAAAGCCAAGGUUCGAGGACAGAAAUCUGGCUGAGUCUGGAAUAACCUUGUGAAGUGAAAGGAUAAGAAAGAGGGAUUUAUAUCUGGAUGCUAGGAUAGAGAUGAUAAGGAAAACAGGAAGACACAAUAAGAGGUAAAGGAGAUGCUGUGGGAUUGGUGGAAGUCAAUGUUUGUUUUUCUUUUUAGGGUUUAUAUUAUUAACUUGUAAGAUAUGGAUUUGGGUCCUUUUGUUUAUUUGAAUGUUGGUUUUUGUGCUUUGUGUAUUGUUAUUUUUUUAUAUUUUUCGUGUUGUUGUGUGGAAAAGACUAAUAAAAUUUAUAAAAAAACAAAACAAAACAAAAGGGUUCAGUGCAUUUUCAUUCUCUAUUUUUAAAUACAGUGGUGCCUCGCAAGACGAAAUUAAUCCGUUCCGCGAGUCUCUUCGUCUUGCGGUUUUUUCGUCUUGCGAAGCACGGCUAUUAGCGGCUAUUAGCGGCUUAGCGGCUUAGUGGCUUAGCGGCUAUUACCGGCUUAGCGGCUUUAAGAAAAAGGAAACAAACUCGCAAGAACUCGCAAGACGUUUCGUCUGGCGAAGCAAGCCCAUAGGGAAAUUCGUCUUGCGGAAUGACUCAAAAAACGGAAAACUCUUUCGUCUAGUGAGUUUUUCGUCUUGCAAGGCAUUCGUCUUGCGGGGCACCACUGUAUAUUUUUUUAUUAGUUUUCCAAAUUAUUACAAAUCCGUCCAAAUUACUUUAAUAUAAUUUAAUAUAAUUUCUUCAAAUCAGGUUUCCCACUCCUGUUGCAAACAUAUGCCCAUCUCUUCCUCCUGUUGCCACAUCUUCUCUUCUUUAAUUUCCAUUCCCUCCAUUACUAAGUUGUUGUCCAGUUUUACAGCAAGCCAUAAUUUCCUCCUCACAGGCAGUCCGUCUUCAUUCUCGCUCGUCUGUCCUGCAGGUCUUUGAAGCUGAGCAGUACGGAUGCCCCCAGCGGGCGCAGCGCAUGAACACGGCCUUUACGCCUUUCCUGCACCAGCGGAACGGAAACGCCGCUCGUUCCCUCACCUCUCUGACGAACGACGAGAACCUGUGGGCCUGCCUCCACACGUCCUUUGCUUGGUAACCCACUUUGUGUGUCUCUCAAGUACAGUGACGGAUUUACGUAUCAGCUAAACAAACUGUAGCUUAGGGCCCCACUCUCUUGGGGCCCCCAAAAAAUUUAAAGGAAAAAAAACUGGAUGUGCAUUUCCAAAAUAUAAGAUAAAAAUAUAAGAUAAGAUAAAAAGACCUACAUACAGCAACAGUGUUUUGUGUUGUGUAGGCUCCUAUGAUGUAAGUCAUGGGCCCCGCCUGCUAGCCUGCUCCCUCAAAUAUCACUGGUUUGCUCCUUUCUAUAUAUAGGGUGCCUACAUUCUGCAUGGACUGGUUGCAGGGCAACAUGUGCAAAUGGCUUUAGAUGCCUAUCAGGUCCAUAAAUUACCAUAGGGCAAAUAUUCAACACAAAAAACAGUGACCAUUUGUUGUUGACAAAGGACAGCUGGACAUAGAAAGGGCCCCAUUACCUUCAGUAGCUUAGGGCCUCAUCUGUCAGGGAACUGCCAUCAGUGUCCGAGGGAGAGAGCAAGCUCCAAAGGGAUCCCCGAGAGCGUCCCGGGAGUGGGAGAGGCAGCCCGUCUUCUGGGGAAGAGAAUCAACGUAGCUCCAGUGGAGAAGGGGGGCAGAUGGGGGAAGCGGCGAAGCGGUCCCAUGACUCCUUGCCUGGGACCAGCGGGGAGAGUAGGGGUCCUCCGUUGCCCACGCCUUCCUUGCGCAGAAGGCUUCCGCACAGGGAGCGUAGGAGGAGACUAGGCGUCAAAGAGCUUCUUUGCUGAAAGAAGUUUAAGAAACGCCCACUGACAGAUUCUGCCAGCAAUUGAGACAGUCACGGGCGAGUGGCUGCCUGGACAGGAAAGGUUCACUCAGGCGACCCAGCCAGAGGUUGGGACAAGCUUACGCACGAGCAACCCCUAGAACCAUUACAUCAUCAAUCCUCAAUCCGGCCCUGGUCACACAUCAUGACAGCUGUGCUUAACCGUCAAGGAAAGAUCUUGGUUGAAUAUUCAACUUCCUUGGAUUCUGUUUCAUUGAUUAAGUCUCAGAUAAAUUUGUAAUGGACUCUGCGCCGGAUCAGACCUGAGGAUCUGCGGAGUCUGCUUCCCAUAACAACAACAACAACAACAACAACAACAACAACAACUUAUUUAUACCCCGCCCAUCUGGCUGAGUUUCCCCAGCCACUCUGGGCGGCUUCCAAUUGAGUGUUAAAAACAAUACAGCAUUAAAUAUUAAAAACGUCCCCUAAACAGGGCUGCCUUCAGACGUCUUUUAAAGAUAAGAUAGCUGCUUAUUUCCUUCACAUCUGAAGGGAGGGCGUUCCACAGGGCAGGUGCCACCACCGAGAAGACCCUCUGCCUGGUUCCCUGUAACCUCACUUCUCGCAGGGAGGGAACAGCCAGAAGGCCCUCGGCGCUGGACCUCAGUGUCCGGGCUGAAUGAUGGGAUGGAGACGCUCCUUCAGGUAUACAGGACCGAGGCCGGUUAGGGCUUUAAAGGUCAGCACCAACAUCAACACCAACUAGACAUUUGUCGGAAGGACUUGAAACCGUUGCCCGCCCGCAGCUGAUACAUAGAGGUGCCAUUUUUGCUGUGCCAUCUUUACUUAAAUCCGGGGUCCUUUCUCGCUUCCUCAGGCUCCUGAAGGCAUGCGGCAGCAGACUGACAGAGAAGCUUCUGGAAGGUGCACCCACAGAGGAUACUCUUGUUCAGAUGGAGAAAUUGGCUGGUAAGGCUUGCGGCUGCUUGAGUUGGAAAAAGUGUUGGGUGGAGGAGUGGUUUGUCAUGCAGUUCUACUCAACAUUGAUCCAGAACAGAACCUCAACGUACAGUUAGCGGAGUAAAAACUUAAAACACGUUGCAGGAUUCCCCCAAAAUAGACCAGAGGCAAUUGUAUUUCAUCCAGCAGAGCUUUUGCUUGGUACUGAAGACACCUGAGCAGUAAUGGUCACAAAUCCAAUACAAUCAAGACUGGCACUGUCCAUAAGAAGUCCAGUUGCAGCAGACUUAACUUGAACUUACAAUAACUUAUAAUAAGUCUAAACGUUACUUAACACUAUAUACAGAACACCACAUCAGAAGGAAGAGAGACAGAAAGGCUCCUUCAGGCCUUUUAUAGUCAGCAUGACCUUGACAGAAAGAGAUAACCAAUUUAAGCUGGCUGUACUCAGCUUCUCUGAAGGAAUAACCCAAACAUCAUGAACCUUUUGCUUGUUUCUUUCACACAGAAAAGCUUCCAGAACCCUCUUGAAUUAAUCAGAAUAGGAAAGAUCUUGACACAUCAGAUCAAUACUCUUUAAGAAAUGCAAACUGACACCCCCAUCCACCCCCCAAAAAAAUUUUUGGGGGGAGGAACGAGUGCUGAGCUUGGACUAGGAAACUCCGGCCUCAAGUCUCUCUGCACAACUGUGUUGGCUCUUUACCUCUUACCUUGCGGGGUUUAUAUAUUGAUUUUACGUAUAUAUUGGAUGUACCGUAUUUUUCCGUGUAUAAGACUAGGGUUUACCAAAAAAAUAGGUUAGAAAUUGUGGCUUGUCUUAUGCACGGGUAGUGCUUUGGGGUGUUUUCUUAAUUUGGAGUCCCCCAAAAUAGGGGGCGUCUUAUACAUGGGGAUGUCUUAUACACGGAAAAAUAUGGUAUAUCUCACCUUUCCUUCUCUUGUCUCUCACUCAGAUCAUUCACACACACACACACACUCACUAGUGCAGUAGGUGAGCUGAAAAUAAUGCCGAUAUAUUUCGCAUUUGGUAAUCAAUGCACCCUUGGGUUUCAGACAGUAGAUGGGGAGACGAGUCUAAAAAGCCCGAGAGACACAUUUUCACGGUCCUCUAGCGGUUACGAGGCUCAUCUGUCAGAAGUAAUGUUUUUAGCAUUAACUCGAUUUUCACGAAACUAGGCCCCCUGACGUAUAUUUUGCUCUAGGAGGCUUAGUUUGAUCAGAAUCGAGUGUAUACGCUUCUAGAAUGAAUGCUAAAUACAUGACUUCUGGGAAAUGAGCAGCCAUAGCUGCUAGAGGGCCGGGAAAAUUUGUAUCCCAAGCUUUUUGGACUUGCCUACCCAUGUACUAGGAACGUGGGUGGCACUGUGGUCUAAACCACUGAGCCUCUUGGGCUUGCCGAUCAGAAGGUCGGUGGUUCGAAUCCCCAUGACGGGGUGAGCUCCCGUUGCUCGGUCCCUGCUCCUGCCAACCUAGCAGUUCGAAAGCACGUCAAAGUGCAAGUAGAUAAAUAGGUACCGCUCCGGCGGGAAGUUAAACGGCGUUUCCGUGCGCUGCUCUGGUUUUGCCAGAAGCGGCUUAGUCAUCCUGGCCACAUGACCCGGAAGCUGUACGCCGGCUCCCUCGGCCAAUAAAGCGAGAUGAGCGCCGCAACCCCAGUCGGUCACGACUGGACCUAAUGGUCAGGGGUCCCUUUACCUUUUUACCCAUGUACUAUCUAAUACCAAAGAGACACAUUGGUUACCAAAUGUGAUUUCCUUCCCCCCCCCCCCAGUUCUCCUACCCCACUAGACCCCCAUCUCUUUCUCUCACCCGUCUCUCUCUUCCUUCCCCAAACACCCUCACACGACUUUUGUUGUGUUUUCUUAGCACCAGCUUAGUACCACACUCGCUGCUUAAUGCAUGUAUGCAAACAGCUCCUUUUCUCUUCAGAAGGAGCAUGGAAAUGAGGAGAUUUCACCCCUCCCAUAUCCAAGAAUCUCCUGAGGAGUCUGCUGAUUCUCCAGAGAGGAGGAGGCGUGUUCUGCUCUCUACUUAUUCUGCUCCAGCACCAAGUCAGUCAGUCAGUCAGUGUCGGGGAGAGAGAGAGAGAGACUGAGUGUUAGAGAUCGUGUGUAGAGAUAAGGUUGCUGCUAAGAGCAGCUGCAGACACUCAGUGCAGUGCAGCAUUCAUUUAUGCUUAGACCUAUUUAGCUCUGUAUAUAGUUGUAUAAUAGUUGUAGAUAGAAUAAAGAAGAUAUUCUACAGAGCUGCUCUCCGAGUUGUUUAUAUACUCUGCUAGAGUCUGCUGUACUCUGCUGUGCGACGACUGUCUUCUUGUGGAAGUGAAUCCGGUGCUCACAACUCUAAGCUGUGAGUCCACAGCACUUUGACCUGUUCCUGUGCAGAAGGUGGUCUCUGGAAGUGCUACCCAGCUCGCCUGGCCCAGUCGGGGCUGAAGUGGAUGAGUCCAGUUGGUGGCACUGGCUCAAGGGCGAUGCUGACAGGAAAUGGGAUUUCCUUCCUUAAGGCCUUUCUCUCUUUCUCUUUUCUCCUGGAGAUCUUGAGGAAGAAUCAGAAGGCUGGGACAACUCUGAGGAGGAGGAAGGGAAAGCUCCAAGCCAGGGGGACGCUCAGGAAUCCCGAGAGCUUGUCAAAAGCCCCACAGACUCCUCCCUCACCUUGGACUGCAGCAACUGGAAUAUGGCGCCCCGGAACCAGGGCUUCCGGUCCCUCCGGCACCUGAGACAGGUACAGGUGGGGUGCUGACCUGGGGCCAGCAUGAGCUUUAAAAAAAAAAUUCAUAGAAUUAUGAGGUUGGAAGGGACCCCAAGAGUCCAGUCCAUCUGAUCAGAUGAAACUGUUUAUGCCUGGAUUCUGCUAGGCCAGAGAUGGAAAUAAGGAAUAAUUCCGUCCAAGGAAGAGUGGCAGAUAAAACUGAUGAACUACAGUGGACGCUUGGGUUGUGAAUGUGAUCCAUGCGGGGUGCAUGUUCGCAACCCCCAGUGGCACGUCUGCGCAUGCGCGGGUUGCGAUUUGGCGCUCCUGCGCAUGCGCAAAGUACGGUUUCGCGCUUCUGCGCAUGCGUGACUGCCGAGACCCGGAAGUAACCCAUUCCAGUACUUCCGGGUUUCGACGGGUCCGUAACCCAAAAAAACACAACCUGAAGUGUCUGUAACCCAAGGUAUGAUGGCAAAACUUAACAGGAAGAAUUAGAAAACCAGGAAGAGGCAAAUUUUAAUAAAGAACGGGGAAAGUUUAUGAUCUAUUUGAAAAAUUAUUGUAAACAAUGACAUUCAUUGGUAGGUUCGGCAGAAGAUUGGAACCAUGGAUUGGCGAAGGAUUUAUCGUAAUUGAGUCACGGAAGAGAAGCAGAGGGGAAAUCGUUAUAUGAGGAUCCCCACAAAGGGGGUGGGGAGGAAAGUCAAAGGGGAUUUCAUGUUUUUAUUGUGUUUGUUUACUUUCCUUUUUCUUAUUGUAUGUCAAAUUGAAAAUGCAAAAAUUAAUUUUAUAUAUUAAAAAGUGUCAUCUAGUCCAACCCGCUGCAAUUCAGGAAUCUCAACUAAAGAAUCCAUAGCAGAUGGCCAUCCAAACUCUGCUUAAACACCUCCAAGGAAGGAGAAUCCACCUCUCGAGGAAGUCCAUUCCCCUGCCAAACAGUUCCUACCGUCAUUCUUUCAGAUGUUUAGCCGGAAUCUCCUUCCUUGUAACCUCAAGCCACUGGUUCGAGUCCUGCCCUCCAGAGCAGGCAAAAACAAGGUUGCUCCCUCUUCCAUGUGACAGCUCUUAACAUAUUUGAAGAUGGCUAUCCUAUCUCCUCUCAGUCUCCUCUUUUCCAGGCUAAACAUACCCAGCUCCUUCAACUGCUCCUCAUCUUUUUUUUUUUUAAAAUGAUAUUUAUUGAAAUUUCAGAAAGAGGAAUUACAUAAAGAAAAGGAGGGGGGGAAAACAAAAAAACAAAAAACAAAAAACAGAAGUAAAAAUACAGGAAAAAAUACAAAAUACAGAAUAAAAGAAUGAAAAACACUUAAAAGAAAAAAUACAUCAAUCUUUCCAUACCUUACAUUCAUAUCCUUGUUUCCCUGACCUCCUCAUACCUCCCUUUUUUGUAUUCCAGUUCAGUUAGUUAAUUAAUUCAGCAAUUUCUUUCCCUCUUUAUUUUCUCUUACUCCUUUAACUUAAUAUACUAUAGCUUUGAUUUUUCACCUGUUAGCAAUCCAUUUUUUCAUACACCUUUAUAGCAUUACUGCUUAAACCACCUAACUUCAUUCUAACAUCAUUCUAACAUUCAUUAAUUUUGCAAUCAUUCUGUAAAUAGUCUUUAAAUUUCUUCCAAUCUUCUUCCACUGACUCUUCUCCCUGGUCUCGGAUUCUGCCAGUCAUUUCCGCCAAUUCCAUGUAGUCCAUCACCUUCAUCUGCCAUUCUUCCAGAGUGGGUAGGUCUUGUGUCUUCCAAUACUUUGCAAUAAGUAUUCUUGCUGCUGUUGUGGCAUAUAUAAAGAAAGUUCUAUCCUUCUUUAACACCAAUUGGCCGACUAUGCCCAGGAGAAAGGCCUCUGGUUUCUUCAGAAAGGUAUAUUUAAAUACCUUUUUCAUUUCAUUAUAGAUCAUCUCCCAGAAAGCCUUAAUCCUUGGGCAUGUCCACCAAAGGUGAAAGAAUGUACCUUCAGUUUCUUUACAUUUCCAACAUUUAUUAUCGGGCAAAUGAUAGAUUUUUGCAAGCUUGACUGGGGUCAUGUACCACCUGUAUAUCAUUUUCAUAAUAUUCUCUCUUAAGGCAUUGCAUGCCGUAAACUUCAUACCUGUGGUCCAUAACUGUUCCCAAUCAGCCAUCAUUAUGUUAUGUCCAACAUCUUGUGCCCAUUUAAUCAUAGCAGAUUUCACCGUUUCAUCCUGAGUAUUCCAUUUCAACAGCAAGUUAUACAACCGCUCCUCAUCAGGCAAUGUGGCUCCGCCCACUUUUGCCAUGCCCCGCCCCCACCCCUAUAAAUGCAGGGCGUUUAAAGAUUCUGCCUAUAUUCUAAAUUCAUAACAACGGUAAGCCAAAGGGACAGUGUUUGCAGAACAUAGGCGGCUGAGUUUGAAGACCGCAGUGGAAAGAUGACUGGUUGAAGCACGGGUAGGCAAACUAAGGCCCGGGGGCUGGAUCCGGCCCAAUCACCCUCUAAAUCUGGUCCGCAGAUGUUCCAGGAAUCUGCGUGUUUUUCCAUGAGUUGAAUGUGUGCUUUUAUUUAAAAUGCAUCUCCGGGUGACUUGUGGGGCAUAGGAAUUCAUUCAUCCCCCCCCCCCCAAUAUAGUCCGGCCCCCCAUAAGGUCUGAGGGAAAUGGACCAGCCCCCUGCUGAAAAAGUUUACUGACCCCUGUAUGAAGCUUGAGAGGGUGCAUUAAAAGAAUGGAUGGUAAUAUUUACAUCAUUACAUCCUGAAGGUCCCAGGCCACAGAGAGGAUAGGCUGGCCUCAACUAGAGCCAGGGCUUUUUCGGCUGUGGCUCCGAUCUGGUGGAAUGCUCUGUCACAAGAGACUAGGGCCCUGAGGGACUUGACAUCUUUCCGCAGGGCCUGCAAGACAGGCCUUUGGCCAGGGCGCAGCCUGACUCCCUCCUUUGGCAAUCUUCACAGAACUUUAGGCUAAUGGAUGCCAUCAAUUUGAGUUGAAUUAAUUUUAUAAUGAAAUGAUUUUAGAAUGUUGUACUAUUUUAUUGUUGUUAGCCACCCUGAGCCCGGCUUCGGCUGGGGAAGGCGGGAUAUAAAUAAAUAUUAUUAUUAUUAUUAUUAUUAUUAUUAUUAUUAUUAUUAUUAUCAUCAUUUCCCCCGCUUUAAUUUUAGGUGCUGGGGCCUUCCGCUUUCCGCAUGUUGGCGUGGCAUGUGCUCAUGGGGAAUCAGGUCAUUUGGAAAGCGCGGGACGCAGACCUUGUCCAGUCCGCCUUCGACGUCCUUCGGGUAGGAACCUAAGAAUCUGCCUUAUCAAACCCUCAGUCCACCUGGAUCAAUAUUGCCUGCACUGAAAGGCAGGGGCUCUGUGGGACUUCAGAAAUUCCCAGCCCUGCAGGGAGAUGUCAGGAUUCGAACCCGGGACCUUCCGAAUGCAGAGCAGGUGCUCUACGACUGAGCUACCACCCUUUCGCCAGAGCCGUGUCUUCUCUCCGUUACCCGGGCCCAAGCAUCUUGGGGGCGGAGAGGUGUCUGGCGUUGAUUGGCUGGGCUGCCCUGAUGUCACAGAAGGGGGCGGGGCAGGCAGAGAGCCCUUGCCCCCUUCCAGCCUGCUGCCGACUUGCCCUGGGCAGAGCUGCGGGUCGCGAGAGCAAAACCUGUGCCUGGGGCGAGUUCUCACCCUGCUGCCUUUCCGUUGCCAGACCAUGCUGCCCAUUGGCUGCGUUCGGAUCAUCCCCUACAGCGACAAAUACGAGGAGGCUUAUCGGUGCAACUUUCUGGGCCUCGCCCCCCACGUGCAGAUCCCGCCCCACAUUCUGUCAUCUGGUAAGAGCACCUUAACCUCUUCCCUUUUUAUUGGGUCGGCUUCCAGCACAUACAGAAACGUCAAACAUCAAAAACUUCCCAAUACUGGGCUGCCUUCAGGUGGCUUCUAAAAGUUGUAUACAGUGGACGCCUUGGGUUGCGAACGUGAUCCGUGCGAGAUGCACGUACGCAACCCGCAGCAGCGCGUCUGUGCACGCGCGGGUUGCGAUUCGGCGCUUCUGCGCAUGCGCAAAGAGCGAUUUAGUGCUUCUGCGCCUGCGCAACCGCCGAAACCAGGACGUAACCCGUUCUGGUACUUCUGGGUUUCGGCGCAUCCGUAACCCGAAAAACGCAACCUGAAGUGUCCGUAACCCAAGGUAUGACUGUAGUUAUUUAUCUCCUUGACACCUGAUGGGAGGGCGUUCCACUUCCUAGAAGGCCCCAUGAGUUUCAUGGUGGAGUGGGGGAUUUGAACCUAGGUCUCCCAGGUCCUAGUUGGACACGCUAACCACUACAUCACACUGCCUUUCUGAAUUGUAUGUGGCAGAUCCUCACCCUCUUGCAGAUCAUUUCAACUUUGCUCAGCUUUUUAAAAAUAUCUAUAUAAAAAACUUCCUUGGCCCCGCGCUUUAUCAUUAUCGCAGCUCGACUAAAACUCUCAUCAGAAUAAUUGGGAAUUGGGGGUGUUUGACUGGAGCUAGAGAUGGAGUGGCCGCCGAAAAUACGUAUCAGUUUCAUCUGUGUUUUACUGAUUUGUUCGCAAGCUGCCUUGGAGAUUAAUGUGGAUGAAGGACAGUUGAGCCAACAAGAAAGAAUAAAGCUCAGGUUGUAGUUCAGUGGUAGAACACAUUCCUUGUAGGCAGAAGGUGGAGAGUGUCAGAUCCUGGUGUCUCCAGUCAAAAGUACCAGGUAGCCAAGGGGGGAGGGCACAUUUUGGGGCUUGUGGUCAGUUCCGGAUUUACGUAUAAGCCAAACAAGCUAUAGCUUAGGGCCCCACUCUCUUAGGGGCUACAAAAAAAUUUAAAGAGUGGGGACUGGAUGUACAUUUCCAAAAUAUAAGAUAAAAAAACAAAUAAAAUAAAACCUACAUACAGCAACAGUGUUUUGUGUUGUGUAGGCUCCUGUUAUGCGCAAAUGGCUUUAGAUACCUAUUAGGUCCAUAAAUUACCAUAUAGCAUAUAUUCAACACAAAAAACCACAACAAUUUGUUGUUGACAAAGGACAGCUGGACAUAUAAAGGGCCCCAUUACCUUCAGUAGCUUAAAGAUAAAGGUAAAGGUACCCCUGACCAUUAGGUCCAGUUGUGACUGACUGUGGGGUUGUGGAGCUCAUCUCGCUUUAUACAGCUUCUGGGUCAUGUGGCCAGCAUGACUAAGCCGUUUCUGGCGAACCAGAGCAGUGCACAGAAACGCCAUUUACCUUCCCGCCAGAGCGGUACCUAUUUAUCUACUUGCACUUUGACAUGCUUUCAAACUGCUAGGUGGGCAGGAGCAGGUAUUGGUAAAACCUAUUUGGUGUUUCACAACUUUCUGACUAGUUGCAGGACCUUAGCCAGACCUAGCAGAGUACACGCAGAAUCCACGGAAGCAAUUGGCGACUUGGCUGCAGACAGGAUAGACGAAGCAGGAACCAGGAACUUGUAGUUAGGUGUUUAUUAUAUACAGUGGACUAUUUACAAGAACAGAACACAGAUCUUUUGCUAGCUCUCUCUGACACGACCCACAACUCCUACACUGACACAGAACUCUGAACACUGAACUAACACAUUCCAGUUAGUAGGCCAUUAAUUAUCACUCCCUUGAGAGAGCUUGACCAAUCAGGGAGUUGUCUCCAUGUCUCUGUUAUCACCAGGCAGACUUACUCCUUUAGAUUGCCUUCUGGCUGUCUGCCAAACCUUAAUUGACUCUGUUUGAGUAGCUGCACAUACACAGUAUCCCAACAGCAGGGACCGAGCAACGGGAGCUCACCCCGUCACGGGGUUCCAAACCGCCAACCUUCUGAUCGGCAAGCCCUAGGCUCUGUGGUUUAAACCACAGCGCCACCUGCGUCCCAGCUUAGGGCGUCAUCAGACUUAAAUCCAGUCUUGCUUAUGGUACACUUGCAAUGUUGAGAGACCGCCAUGGGCACUAUUCAUCUCCAGUUGCUUCUUUGCUUUUCCAAAGGAUCUGGGUAAAACGUGAUCUGGUAGACUUAAAACAGAUCCUCUUGAAUUUGCAUGUUUUUCAUGUGGGAUUCCCCCCCAAAAAAACUCCCAUUGUAUUAGAUUUUCUUCAAUGAAUCACUCCAGUUGUUUUGUUUAAGACAGCUUUUUUUGGUCCCGACAACAGUAGCAGCUUAGGAACCGACAAAGGUGGAGUCCACAAGCCUGUAAGAUACACAAGUAUAUAAAGGCACCCCCUUGUCUUAGCUUUACCCAUGCGUAGAAAUUAAGCCAUGUUCUCAGAGGAAAAGCAUGCGUGCAUGAUCAGAUCCCUGAUUCAGCAGGAAGAAUUCAGCGUCUGCUUUUGUCAGGCCGGUCAAGGCGGAGUUUUUUCCUGCACAAACGCUCUUGACAAUAAACAGAUUCUCCUAACAAUACCCUUCCACACACUAUUCCCACAUCUCUUCCUGUGUAGGCUGUCCAAAAAUGUAUACAUCAAUACGUUUGCUCGCUACCCCAUCAGGAUAAAGCUUACAAUGGUAGAUUUUAUUUUACUUUAUUUUCCUGCACAAUCUCUGGGCUGAAUCCAGCGUUAGUCAUUAGCAUUCCUGUCCAUUGAUUUCAGUGGGUCUACUCUUGUGACUAAUGUUGGACACGACAUGCUGAUGAGAGUAGCAGUCCAGAAUCUGGAAGGCCCCUGGUUACCCAUGCCUGCUCUAACCAUUCUACUGCACUGUCUCUUGGUGUGGUAACUAAUUAUCCGGUGACUAAUUUAGGAUCGUGUCUCAAAGGCUGCACUGUGGUGAGUUACUGUUUGCAAAACUCUGGUGUGGUCUUUCUUUCCCUUUUAGAGUUCACCGUCCUUGUGGAAGUCCGCACGGCCACACGGUCGAGCCUCUAUCCUGUCUUGUUUGACGAUGAGCAGCCUCUCAGCAAAUACGAAUUUGUGGUCACAAGCGGGAGCCCCGUGGCAGCAGACAGAGGUAAGUAGCGUGCCAUAACAAGAACAGAGUCCUUUGUGGUAGGCAUGUUGAAACAACUGUCACCACGCUAAAUCAGAGACGCCUACCAUGUUGUUGUUUGUUUUAGGGGAGGGAGGGAGGAGGAGAGGAAUUAGGUAUGCAAAAAGAGAAGUCGUGUUUAAUAAUUAUAAUAAUAAUAAUUUAUUUAUAUCCCGCCCUCCCCAGCUGAAGCCGGGCUCGGAGCGGCUAACAACAGUAAAAGUAACACAGUUUACAUAAAAUCACGAUCAAUUAAUUGAAAUACAUUCUAAAAUCACUUCAUUCUAAAAUCAAUUCAGAAUCAAAUUAAUGGCAACCAUUGGGCCAGAGUUCUAUGAGGAUUACCAAAGGAGGGGGUCAGACUGUGCCUUGGCUAAAGGCCUGGUGAAAUAGCUCUGUCUUGCAGGCCCUGCGGAAAGAUGUCAAGUUUGUGGCAUGAAAUACUGUACUUUUCCGUGUAUAAGAUGCCCCCAUGUAUAAGACUCCAAAUAGAGAAAAUGGGAGGGGGGAGAUUGCCCAGAGUUGUUGAGCUUUAUUGGGUGGGGGUUGCCGAAAAUCGCUCACCCGCAGGAACACAGCAGCCAAUCGCAUACAUAUUGGCGAUGCCACCAAUCGUCGGCACGCUUGCUGAAAGCAAGCACCAAUCGCCUGCCCAAUUGCUGCAGAAGCCAAUAGCCAGCAGACCUUGCAGCACCCACCAAUCACCCGCAAAAACGGCAUGGACAAUAUCCUGCUCGCGGCAGCCACCAAUCGCACCUCUCCACUAUCCGUGUAUAAGAUGACCCCAAGUUUUUAGCAUAAUAUUUGGAUAAAAUAACCUAGUCUUAAACAUGGAAAAAUAUGGUGCCUGCAUGGAAGUUUGGGGCAGCAGGAAAACUGCUAGCACGUUUGCAAAGCUAAGCAGGGUCCGGUAUGGUUUCAGAUGGGAUGGGGGACCGCAUGUUGAGAUUCCUGUAUUGCAGAGGUUGGAUUAAUGACCCUUACAGUAAGACAAUGCAAGCUAUAGGGUUGUGCCAAAGGACAAGGUGGAUUUUGAGGAGGUACCUGCGUGUGAUAGAAAUUUUGUAAGUACAUAUUUUUGCCCAAUGCUGCACUGCCUGCUUCCAGAGCACAGCCAAGUAUUUUUCUUUCCGGUUCCAGUUGGUCCCACCAUCUUGAACAAGAUUGAAGCGGCCCUGACAAACCAGAACCUCUCUGUGGACGUGGUGGACCAAUGUCUUGUCUGCCUUAAGGAGGAGUGGAUGAAGUAAGUGUCCAGGGGCCUUGAGAAAAAGCUUGCUGGAUGAGGCCAGAGCCCUGUCUUAAGCCCAGCACCUUGUUUUCUCAGUGGCCAGUCAAAGGCCUUUGGGAAGCCUGCAAGCAACAACCUGAAUGCAACAGCAAUUUCCCCUGCUUCUGAUUCAUGGCAAUGACUGUUCAGAGGCUUUAUCAAACCCUCAGCUUAAUAAUAAUAAUAAUAAUAAAUAUUAUUUAUACCCUGCCCAUUUGGCUGGGUUUCCCCAGCCACUCUGGGCAGCUUCCAACUUAUAUAAAAACAAUUAAACAUUAAAAAUCUUCCCAGUACGGAGCUGCCUUCAGAUGUUUAGAGACAGAAUAUUAUACAGUGGUACCUCUGGUUGCAAAUGGGAGCCAUUCCAGAGGCCUGUUUGCAACAUGAAAAGAGCGCGGGUUGCGAUUUGCCGCUUCUGCGCAUUCACGAGUGGCGAAACCCGGAAGUAACCCUUUCCAGUACCUCCGGGUCGUCGCGGCACGUAACCUAAAAGGACGUAACAUGAACGGACGUAACAUGAGGUAUGACUGUACGGCAUUCCACUACGCGAAGUGUUGGCUGCGUAUGAAUUUUAUUUCCUUUUCCCCUCUGCAGCAAAGUGAAGGUCCUCUUCAAAUUCACGAAAGUGGACAGCAGGCCGAAAGAAGACACCCAGAAGCUGCUGAGUAUCUUGGGAGCGGCCGAAGAGGACAACGUGAAGCUGCUGAAAUUCUGGAUGACCGGCCUGAGCAAGACCUACAAGUCUCACCUGAUGUCGACGGUCCGCAGCCCGACUUCUUCGGAGUCUCGAAACUAGGAAACUAGAACUCUUUCGGCUCUGCUGGAGGAAACCCUCGCUUGAGCCUUCAGCCUGGAUGUUUUUACGUGCAGCAGAGCAGCCCGGCUGUUUCAGGAUGCAAGGGGACACAGAAUCUCAUGGCGUAUCCUCCACAGAUCAGAGCGUGCUUCUGUGUGCUGGUUUGCAAUAGGUUUGGAGCGCCUUAUUCUUCCUCCUGAUGGUGAAGCUUCUUUGGCAAGAAAGCUGUUACCUCUUGAAAUUUGAGGACUGAGAGGGCUUCUGGACUUUCUCCUCUGUGACACCAGGCUAGAGGGGUGACGUGUUUUAUUACCUGGUGAGGCAGGCUUCAUCGACACCUUUCAUAAUCUGGUGACCACACAUGGCAGCCUGAGAAUUUGAAUUAGUCUAGGGAUGGGUUGAACUGGUAUCUCAAAUGCCCUGCAGCAUCUAAGCAAAAUUAAGUGGCUACUAUUUGAUGCCCCUCCAAACUCACAGACAGGACUAUUCCUGAGGGGGCACCUGUCGCAACAUCUGCAUUUAGGAACCAGUUUGCAACCAUCCUGUUCCCCCCAUAUUUGGAAGUUCUUCCUCCAGUAAGCAAGCCUGUAUUGUGGGAAGUGACCUUUGAUUCCCCAAACUCCCCAUCUCAAGAAUCAUCCAAGAAAAGCCGUCCAGCAGGCUGAGACGCUGAAAAAGACAUAUUUGGCUGCUCUAAUUUGAAUGAAUUUGUGGAGACCUUCUUCUCAGGCAAUGGGAGGACAGGAAGCCCUGUCACCCGCCCUGCGUGGGAAGCUAGGCCAGAGAGAACUGGGAAGGAAGACCACGCUCCCAAGUGAGGUGGUGAUAUCCAAUUUGCAUAUUGACCUGCCUAGCGGAGCAAGUGGGGAGGGGACAACCCUAUUCCAGGAUGCCCUCUUCCUUGCAGCAAAACAGAAGCUUACACUUAAAAAUAAAUGAAAUCUUGCAUCAAAAGGUCCUGUAUUGUAUUCUGGAGGAAGGCAACAUGAACUUGCAUCCCUGUUAUCCAGAGUUAUGUUGCUGCCUUGCACUUUUAGCAAGAUCUGACUCUUGCCUACUUACUAAGACUUAUUUGCCAGUAGCAAAAGGAAAGGAAGCAAAAGAAUUGUUUUGCAAGUGCAUUGCAGCUUUAUAUCCUGCAUGGUUACAUACCCAGAUCCUCUUCCUAAACUACUUCCAUGUGCAAGAGCUCAUGCAUUCGGUUGCAAAAUGGGAGAAUAUUUCAAGGGUGCCAUUAACUCUCUCCUGUUGGUUUCAGUGGGACUUGAAGGAUUAAUUUUGAAUGGAUUGUACCCAAUUGUACCCAGCCUAGGAGGUAGUAGCUUUUGCUGCUGCACAACCUAUUUCUGGUGAAAUGGAAUUUGCAGAAAUGGAAAUAAUUUCUUUUGAAACAUGUUCAAGAACGUAAACAUUAGUUAGUUCCCCCCUCCCUUUCCCCAUGAAGUUUUUAUUUCUAAUUGCAUAACUAAGGUGAUGGUGGGCAAACUCCACAAAUCUCCUUUGCUGGGAAAGAAAACCUAAACUUAAAAUAUUUAAUGUUUUAUUUUAAAACCUCCCCGUGAAAAAAAUAAUAGAAGGUGAGCCUGGGUUUGCGGUGUCUGAUUUUAACAUUUUUUAUCUUGGCAUAUGCGGUUAACAUAUUUAUACUAAUCUACUCUACAGGAAGAUUCCUCUAACAAAACUAGCUAUUAUUUCCAUUUUGGAGAUGUUCGCAGGUCCUUAUUGAUUUUUUGUUAAUUAUUUCAAAGCGUAUGAAAAAAUGCGAAUCAUUAAAAAAAAAUGCUGUAUUUUUUCCCCCUAUGAGGAAAAUGUGGAUUUAAUGUUUUGGGAAAAGGGGGGCUUUUCCAAGAGUGUGGUUUUUGCUGUUCAGCCCAGUAAAACAGUGCCUAAUGGGCAAGUCACUGCCCAUUUGAAGUAACAUACCCUCAAAUCAGCUAUCUGCUUGUCGAAUUGCUUAAUAUGUGGGAAGCUGGUUAAGAAUUUGAUCCCUCCUUACUCUAAAAUGAAAGGGGGCUGGACUCUUAGUCAUGGGCGUAGCCAGGAUGUCUUGUUGGCGGGGGGUGGGGGGAGGCUCAGCAACUUUUGCUUUCCAAAAAAAUUUCGUUGGUCCAUCCAACAACAAUGGGUAGAUCACUGCCAGUUUUUAAUAGUGUGAGUAGAUCGCAGUCUGUUGGGAGUUGGACGUCCCUGCCCUAGAUGGUUGCAGCAUCCACACAGGGCAUAAGCCGGCUUUGUAUCUUGACUAG